UCACUCUGCUCAGGUAGAUUGAAAGAGGAGGAGGAAGGAAAGAUUUCAAAACGGCAAAGAGGAAGUCUUCCUAAUUACACUAUUGAGCUGAAGGAGCUCGUCCUCCCCGGGCAGAGGAUGGGUACAGCAGAAGCCACUUUACGGAUGGACAGCAUGGAGGUUAAGGAUGAGUGGCAGGAUGAGGACUUCCCCAGGCCACUUCCAGAGGACGGAGAUUCCUCAUGUGGCCUCACUGACAACCGAACUAAUCCUCCCACUUCGUUGAAUGUGGGUGAGUCCAUGGCCCAGCGUAAGCGUCGCACUCUGGUGGCCCCUGACAUGAACCUGUCCCUGGAUCAGAGCGAGGGGUCGGUGCUCUCUGACGACUUCCUGGAGACGCCCGACGACCUGGACAUCAACGUAGACGACAUCGAGACCCCCGAUGAGACGGACUCACUGGAGUUUAUCAACAACGGCAAUGAGCUGGAGUGGGAAGAUGACACUCCUGUUGCCACUGCCAAACGUCUCCCGGGUGAAAGUGAAGAGGAGAGAGACUCGUCUGGUCGUCUGUGGCGAACGGUGAUCAUCGGCGACCAGGAGCAGCGAAUCGACAUGCAGGUCAUCAGACCGUACCUGAGGGUGGUCACACAUGGAGGGUACUAUGGUGAGGGUCUGAACGCCAUCAUCGUGUUUGCAGCCUGCCACCUCCCUGACAGCAACUGUGAGGACUACACAUACAUCAUGGAAAAUCUUUUCCUAUACGUUGUGAGCAGCCUGGAGCUGCUGGUGGCAGAAGAUUACAUGAUCAUUUACAUGAACGGAGCGACCCCUCGCAGGAAGAUGCCCGGCAUCAGCUGGCUGAAGAGAUGCUACCAGAUGAUCGACAGGAAACUGAGGAAGAAUCUAAAGUGUCUCAUCAUCGCUCACCCAACGUGGUUCAUCCGGACCGUCCUGGCCAUCUCGAGACCUUUCAUCAGCGUGAAGUUCAUGGAUAAGAUCCGGUACGUUCACACCCUGCAGGAACUCAGUCAAAUCAUCCCCAUGGAGCAUGUGCAGAUCCCUGAGUGCGUGUUGCAGUAUGACGACGAGAAGAUAAGAGCACAGAGGGAACGACUCGAGCAAGAGCAGCAGCAGACCAACUCAACACCGCCUAAAGAAAGGCCAAAGUCCAUGAUAGCAGACGUUGGCCGUGACAUCUGACAUUAAGAGCUUUAGAGCUGAAGAACCAGUGUGGGAACAUUCAUUCAUUCAUUCAUGAAACGCCGCCAUCACUCGCUUGUUGACGCAGGAUUUAAACCUCCUGACUGGAUCCAUAAUCUGCAAGACAAUCCCUUCUCAAAAACAGCAUCUUCAGUGACAUGCCUGCUUCUUAACUAAAACUCACACCAAAACAUUACAAGACAACGUUAAAUCAAAUCUGCCCCAUGCAUGUCCAGCUGAGCUUUAUCUAUAGCAUGACUUCAACUAUAUAAAUGAGAUAUGAAGGACUUGGAUGAAGCACAAAGUCUCUGCGUGUACAUACUUGUAUAUAUAUAUUUUUCAGAAAGGUAAAUCUGGUUUUUGAUAUGGCAUGGGUGUUGUUUUAGGUUUCAUGGCUGAAAAAUAAUGUGCAAUGAUAAUUGUUCUUCUUAGACCUCCAGUAGAUGUUUACUAAUGCAAACAACGUGUUACAGUUUUCCAGAGUUUGAUAUGCAGGUGGCAUGCUUGUUUAUAAUCCUUCUCUCGUCUCUGUUGCAUUUUGUUUCUGUCAGUUUUUAAUGUUUCCAACGGUACUUUUACAGGACGGAAAGGAUAAAUUGUUACAGAUGAAAUUAAAUAUAUUUAAACAGAGUUGCUAAAAGUGUUAUUUAUGAAAAAUGUGCCAUUAACUGUUUGUAAAAAAAUAAAUAAAUAAACGAGUGAA